AGAAGAAGAAAGUAACUGUUAGCUAGCUGCUUGACACAGAAUUACCACUUUAUGUCCGUCAACGCUAGACAGUAAUUUUACGAUUUGUUGUUGGAGAGCAUCGGAAUAGCAUUUUUUUUUAAAUCAAAAGCUAAUGGUGUGGAGUCGGACUGUUACAUUUCUCUCCGCACUGAGUGGCUAACCACAAAAAGGAAGCAAUGAACUUCCAGGGCAGUCGGAGGCGAGGAGAGGAUGGCAUCGCCAUGGUGAUUGACUUCCUGCUGUCUAAUGCCCGGCUGGUUCUUGGAGUUGGUGGGGCUGCCGUGCUAGGAAUUGCUACAUUGGCAGUGAAAAGGCUCAUAGAGCGUGCAGGCCGUGCAGCUGAUGAUGAAAAGGUGGAGCAGAAGAUGGCUGAGAGCUGGGAGGAGUUGAGUUUGGUCUCUGCUUCCCCCACAAUGAUCAAAAAGGGCAUUGAGGGUGUGGUGAUGAAACAUGUUGCCAAGGCAGCCAGACAGCAGAAAGCUGACCUGUGCCAACAACCUCAGAUGUCGGCUCUGGAGGUGCAGUCUAAACCUGAGUCAAAGUCCAGGAGGCUCCAGCUGUGCGUCCUCAGUUUACAGGCGCGCCUGCAGCAGUACUAUCACACGAGGGUGGCACUAGCUCAACAUGAGGUCCAGAGGGCUCAGUCUUUAGCUCUGGACAUCUGCAUGGAGAUCCAGGGCUUUCUGCACGGCCGUCAUCCUGACAUGCCCCUGGGAGAAAUGAGCCUUGGAGGUUCUCUACUGGAUGACCUGCAGGUGGUCAGUGCAGACCAUGCAUGUCUGCUGGUGCCUCUACAGCUGGAGGCCUCUCUAUGGCGUCUCGUCCCAGGAGAGGAAACACUGCUCACACACCCGCUGCACUGGAUGGUCCGACGGGUCAAUCUGGAAUAUUUUCCUAGAGGACGCAGCUACUGGGACAGGUACCUGGUGGGCGGCUACCUGUCGUCAGAAGCUCUUGUGAACAUGUUUAGUAAGACUAUCAUGGAAACUAUAAACUGGCCAUCCAUCAGCAGCACUAUGGACUGUCUUGUCAGACCUGUACUGGGAGGACCAGACCUGAGACUGGAGAUUCGGCCUGGAAAUGAAAAAGAAGGGGCUCAAAGCAGUGAUCAGCCCCUGUUCAUCUCCAUGCUGCCUCUGCUGAGGGAGGGGGACGUGGUCCUGACUGCCCAGCCUGAGCUCACCUCUCCCUGGGUCAACGCCUGGCACCUCUCUCUCUACCCGUGGGAGACUCAGCGCCUGGCUCAGCUCGACGCCGCUGAUGCUGGAUGCCGCAGACAGACACUUAAAAUCCUCAAGGCGGCAUGCAGACUGAAUCCCGCCUUGCGACCACUCGAAGCCGCCCCGCUAGCCAAUCUCAUCCUGCACCUCAGCGACAGUGAGAGCAGCUGGUCCCAGAUCAGCCUGGAUGUGAGAUUCCAGCAGUGUAUUGUAGAGCUGAUUGGCUACCUAGAACAAGGGGCGUUGCACAGUUACUUCAAGCCAGCUGUCAAUCUGCUCAGCGGCUUGUCAGAGGACCAGGUGGAUCAGAUGGGCUUCAUGCUCUACUGCGCUGUGUCAGAGCCUGAAAUACUGCUCAUAUAACAGUCUGCACAUACAAUACAUUUCUCAAGCUCUGACACACACAGAGAUCAAAGGAUAAUCUUUUAUCAUCCAAGAUUGGUUCAUGGCAAAGACGUUGUAUUCUUCCCACCGCCUUCUCUCGUUGUUUAUCUCCUCCGUCCUGCUUCAAUGCGUGGGAACAGCGUACAGUUGGAAUGAUGAACUGGCAGGCCACCAUGGACAUCUACGCUGCAGGAGGAGAAGCUACAGGGAGACUUCAGAUGUGAAAGUGAUAAUCAAGCUUAGCCAGCCAGUGCAAGGAAAAAAUACAUACCAAGGAAAGGAGCUGAGAAAGAGUUUAUCAAGGUGUUUGAAACAAUGCUUCAGUAUGUGCCUGAUCAGAACUGCCCACACACACCACAGCCAAGUCUGCAUUUAGGUUUGUGUGCUCAUUAGUUUUCACAGGGAGUCAGUGAUGGUGAGCUUGGCCAGGUUCAGUUCAGUAUAUCCAUUAACAUCAGAAUAGCAGUUUAUUGCUUCAGUGCAUACAUUUUUUCUGUCUUUAAAUUGAUGCUGUGUGCUGUGUAUAAUUUUCCUGAAAAUCCUUAAUAUAUUUCAACUAUGCAGAAAAAUAAUGACCUGCUGACACCCACCAGGUUUUGUGCACUUAUUAAGCUACUCAGUCUGUCUGAGUUGGACUUGAUGAACUCAGCAUGUAUAUUUUAUUAUACUGGUGGUGGAAGUGUGCAGUAUUUUGUUUGACUUGUUUAGUGUUCAGUCUAUUGCCAAUCAUUUGGGUAAACUAACCCUUUUCAAUUAUGGUUUAAGUUUCCUAAUAAUUUUAUGCACUUGCUUUUACAUACAGUAUGAAUGUUGUGGACAUUUCUUCAGUUGUGUUUUCUUGCUGAGUGAAAGAAAUUUGUUUGUGAUUGAAUGUUGAAAUGGCAAAUAAAAAAUGUAAGCGUUUGUUUAUACACUCGAGCUGUUCAGAGAUCCUUUUCUAAAGUGAUUCAAAUAUAGGUGAUGGGUGGCAGGACAAAAUUUCCAGUCUUAUUCUGUGCCAAAAUGACUCUGACAAACAGGUGAAGUUAAAAUGAGGCUGAAUUUGUCAAAUUUUCCUGAGUGUUUGUAGUCAGAAUUCCUCUGAUGGUGUUUCCUUGAUGAGCUGUGGCAGAGCCUUUGAAAUGUGUAUUAACACGGAAUAUUAAAUCCGGGGUCAAAUUCCUUGUGUCUACAGAUACUGGAUCAAU